AGAAGAAUUUAUUUUUUUUUUCAAAAAAAAAAAAAAAAAAUUGAAUGGAGAAUAAUCUUCAUGUUGAGAUUGUUAGUAGAGAAAACAUAAAACCAUCUUCUCCAACUCCUCCAAACCUCAAAACCUUCAAUCUUUCGUUAUUUGAUCAAAGAGCUCCACCAGUUUACACCACACUUGUUCUUUUCUACCAAAUUAGUACCGAUGCUAUUAAUAAUAAUAUUAUUAUUACAACAUUAAAGAAAUCUCUAUCCGAAGCCUUAACUAGCUAUGUCCCACUAGCUGGAAAAAUAGACAACAUUAACAACUCCAACAUCGUUGAAUGCACAGAUCAAGGAGCCAUUUUCAUCGAAGCCAAAUCCAAAACCAUUCUCUCAACCUUUCUAGAAGAAAACCCUAACGAGGAUCUCCUUCUCGAGCGGCUUCUUCCGGCAAAGACAAGGUCAGCCGAGGCAGCCACGAGCCCUUUGUUGCUCGUCCAAGCCACUUUGUUUGAGUGUGGAGGAUUAGCUAUUGGUCUAUGCAUGUCCCACAAGUUAGCCGACGCAGCCACGCUUUGCAUGUUCUUGAAGAACUGGUCAAACCCAGCUCAACGCUUUACUUUGACCGUUCCUAAGGAGUUUGACAUUUCACCAGAGAGUAUUUGGUUCCCACUGCCACGAGAUCAGAGAAACAAUAAUAACAACAACAAUAUAGAAUCUUUAAUGAUCAAAACCGUUAAUAAGAGCUGGUGUAAUUUUGGUUUCUAUGAAGUUAACUUUGGGUGGGGAAAGCCAAUUUGGGCGUGGAGACCGAGUAGUUCCAAUGAAAAUGUCUUGAAGUUGAUGGACACCAAGAAUGGUGGUGUGGAGGUUUCGUUGACUCUUAGCAAAGAAAAUAUGGCUUUAUUUGAGAGGGAUCCUCACAUUCUUGCUUUUGCUAAUCCAUCCCAUCCAUUCAUCUAAAGAAUUGUAAUUAAUAAUAGUGUAUUAAUAAUCAAUAAUUGUAUAUUUAAUUUGUCACGAGCUAGUCCUAAGUUGUAAUAAAUAUGUAAUAUCCAUUAUUUGAUCAGUAGUCAAAUAUCCCUUGUUAUAAAUUAAUAAUUACAAAUAAUCUUUUAAUUUAUAUUACAAAAAUUUAUAAAAUAAAUAAUUAAAAUAAUACAAUAACUUCUAUAAUAAAAAGAAAAUAAUUAAAAUAAAAUAGAAUCACUUAUCAAUAUAUAUAAAAAAUAAUAAUAUCACCACAAUUAUGUAGUCACAAAAUAAAU